AUGGCAACAUCACAAGACAGUUCUUCGAUGGAGGAUGUUACAUUGUGUUCUAUAUGUUUCGAAAAGUUCAAGUCGCCGAGGUUUUUACCGUGUACACAUUCCUUCUGUCACGGGUGUUUAUCUUCCUACAUUGUUAAUGUGUGUAAAUCUACGGAGCCUCGUUUGGGAUUUAAUUGUCCAUUAUGCCGCGAGUACAUACCCUGUCCUGGAGCCUUCGAUAAGUCAGACGAGUGGGCGGGGCUAUUUCUGUUGAAUGAAGUUUUAGAGGCAAUCGUUCAUAAGCCUGAUGAGAAACUGUGUGAUCCCUGUUUGCGAGAUAACGAAAAUGAAAAUGCUACGGGGAUAUGUUUGUCAUGUACAGAAUAUCUCUGUAAAAUAUGUACGAAACAUCACAAAAGACAAUUGCUCUUAAAAGACCAUAUCGUAUGUCAAUUGAACGAGAUGAAAUCCGGUAACGUAAUUCCUUCAUCAGGAAAUACCCACGGCUGCCCUGAACAUAAACAAGAAACUAUUAAAUUAUUCUGUAACGAUCACCAGCAGUCCUGCUGCUCGUUGUGUAUUGGAACAAGUCACAGAAAAUGCCAAAGUAUUGAUACUGUCGAAGAUGCGGCAAAACAUAUCAAAGAAAAUGGCCAACUGGAUGUACUUUUUGGCGAUGUGAAGAAUCUAGAAAAGAAACUGACAGAAGCAAAGAGCGAACAAGAGAACAAUGUAGCAGAAAUAGAGAAUUCAGUGGACGAAAUCAUAGAGAAAACAGAAAGGGAAUUCAAGGAACUUGUUGAUCACCUAGAAAUACUGAAGAACAAACAUUUAGAUGAAGUAGCAGGUGCGCUGAAGAAAGGAAGGAGGAAGUUAAGGGAUUGUACAAAUGUACUUACUGAUGGUAUACAGUGUACAAAUUACUGCUGCCGGAAUAUUGAAAGAGCUAAAGAGACGGAGAAUGACGCUGAAAUGGUGGCGAUGUAUUACAGAGUGAAAGAGAGGCUCUUACAGCUGAAACAGUUUAAAUUCACGAAGAAACAGAUAACGAUAUCUGAAAGAAAGUCACAAGUUCUGCAAGAAGUGAGAAAUAUGAAAUCUUUUGGAGAUAUUGAAUAUGCUGAUUCUGAUCGUCACAUCACAUACGAUGUACAUGACAUUGCGUUAUCUUUAGUUUCGGAAUUCAGCAUUGCUGGAGGAAGUCCGAAUGUGUGCACUGGGAAUUUUCUGUCCAAUGGUAACUUUGUAGUUGCAGACCACAGAAGUAGUGGCCGUUGUUUUAUUUAUGACAGAGACUGGAAAUCCACGGAAGUCAUUGAUGGACUGAGUCACCCUUUUGAAACAAUACAAGCUGGAGAAGAACUACUGCUGACGUGUGAUGGAACGAAGUCUAUAGAAGUUUUUUCUUUGUCUGAUUUACAUAAACUGCGAAGUAUCAAUACCAACGAAACAGUGCGUGGAAUAACAAAAGUCAAUGGAGCGUGUUAUGUAGCAUGUGGAAAUAAAAUCAUAAAAAUUGAUAUGUCCGGUAAAAAACUGAGAGAAUAUAAAGUUGAAGGCCGUACUAUUAACAUAAGUACAACAAAAGAUGGACAUCUUGUGUACAGUAGCUGUUUCCUUAAUACAGUAACCGCCAUCACGGACCAGGGAGACACCGUCUGGCAGUAUAAACAUCUCAAAAUGAUAGAACCCCGUGGACUUGAUGUAGACUCAGUUGGUAAUAUCUUUGUUGCCGCUAGAGUAAGUGACAAUAUCCACGUGUUGUCUAGUGCUGGAAGUCUCAUUAGGAUUAUCGAGGAUAUUCCAAAACCCGUGUUUAUUAAAUUAAUGGAGGAGAGGAGUGUGUGUUGUGUGUGCAGCAAUUACAAAAUCAUGAAAGUGUAUAAACUCUAGCUUUUUGUGAUUUGUUUUAAGAGUUGUUGGACAAUUUUAUAAAUGCAAUUCUAAUUGGAAAUCAAUUACAGAAUUUGAUUUCGUUUGAUGACUCACCGUAUUUUAACUUAACAAAAAAUCGUCUGUGUCAACCCCCUGGUCUUGUUGGAGCAGGUUGCUGUAGUUGAAUGGUUUCACUCAAGAGAGGUCAUGGGCUCUCAUUUUGAUUCAAGUACUUCGUCAAACCUAAGAUAGUGAAUCAAUAUUUAUAACCUUAAAGGUAAGAUGAGGUUAUGAAUAUCUUACAAUGUUUCGCCACUUACAAUAUUUCAUUUACAUGUAUUUCUGUACAUCAAGUCUGUAGGAAACUACUAUUUUUGUUAUUUUCGGUUGAUUCGGUGGUUUGUCAAAAGAAGCGAAUAGAUUGUCUUUGUACAUAAUCGGCAGUUGUCUGUCUCAGUAAAUAAAUAAAAUACAGAUUAUGUA